AUGCCCCAGGAACAGCAUGCCCCAGAACACCAGCGUGGGCCCAGCCAGCGUCCCUGGGCAGGGCUGCUGUGGCAGUGCCGGGAGAAUGGUGUCUGGGUCCCCCCACAGGCGACCGUGCCACCCUGGACAAUAGUCUUCAGUCAGAAUUAUCAGCACAUCCUGGCUUUGAUGUUUGCCAUUCAGGAGAUCAAUGAGAAUCCACACCUCUUACCCAACAUCACCCUUGGCUUCAACAUCUAUAACAGUUAUUUCAGCGCAAGCAGGACCUAUCAGGCAUCCAUGGAACUUCUCUCCACAUUGGGCAGAUUCAUCCCCAACUACAAGUGUGGCUCCCACAGCAAUCCGGUAGUUGUCAUUGGGGGACCGAGUGCUACUUCUUGUGACGAAAUGGCUACCAUUCUAAGCACCUACAAGAUUCCACAGGUUACAUAUGCUUCUACUCCAGUUAAGAAUGGCCAAACCCAAGAUGCUUCCUUUCACCAUAUGUUUCCAAAUGCGGCCCAUCAAUAUUUGGGGAUUCUCCGAUUGCUGCUGCAUUUUGGUUGGACAUGGGUUGGGGUGAUUUAUGUAGAUAAUCCCAGUGGAGCGAGUUUUGUACAUGAUGUGCUUCCCUUGUUUUCACAGAGAAAUAUCUGCUUCGACUUCAUAGAAAGAUUUCCCAUCAUUACUUUUUCCACUGAAAUUGUUGAUGGGAUAUCAGAAGGGACUGAAAUAUUCAGGGCUGCCAUGAGAAGCUCAGCCAAUGCCUUAGUGAUCCAUGGUGAAACUUCAACCAUGGCAGCUAUGAGAUCAUUUCUGCACUUUUUAGCAUUUGAGGAUAUACCCGUGAACAGAAAAGUUUGGAUUAUGACUGCUGAGAUGGAGUUCACAUCACUUGCCUUUCAAAGAGGGUGGAGCAUACACUUCCUCCAUGGUGCAAUCUCUCUCUCAGUUCCUUCCAAGAAAUCCCUUGGAUUCCAAAGAUUUAUUCAGAUGAGAAAUCCUACACAGGAAAAUGAAGAUCACUUCAUCAGGGACUUCUGGGAAAAUGCAUUUGCCUGUUCUUUCCCCACAUCUAUGGUAGACAAGAAUGUAGUGCACAUCUGUACUGGGAGGGAGAAACUGGAGAUUCUUCCCAAGACAGUUUUUGAAAUGAGAAUGACUGGCCACAGCUACAGUAUGUAUAAUGCUGUCUAUGCUGUAGCAUAUGCCUUACAUGCCAUGCAUUUACUGAGGUUCAAAUACUCAAUAAGGGUUAGAGAGAAAUGGAAGUUUCUGGAACAAAAUCCAUUGCAGACGCUGCCCCUUUCCAUGUGUAAUGAACCAUGCCUUCGGGGUUACAGUAGGGCAAAGAAAGAAGGGAAGCCAUUUUGCUGCUAUGAUUGUGUUCCAUGUCCAGAAGGGAAGAUUUCAAACCAGACAGACAUGGAUUACUGUUUCCAGUGUCCAGAAGAUUGUUAUCCAAACAAUGACCAAGAUUCAUGCCUUCCAAAGGACAUCAGCUACCUGUCUUAUGAAGAGCCCUUAGGCAUUAGUUUGGCUAUUUUUUCUCUUUCCUUUUCUUUCAUUGCAACUUUGGUCUUACGUAUGUUUGUGAAGCACCAGAACACCCCCAUUGUCAAGGCCAACAACCGGAGCCUCUCCUACACAUUCCUUGUCUCUCUCUUCCUGUGCUUCCUUUGUGCUUUGCUCUUCCUUGGUCGACCUGAGAAAGUGACAUGCCUCAUCCGUCAAGCUGCAUUUGGCGUCGUUUUCUCCGUGGCUGUUUCUUGCGUGUUGGCCAAAACCAUCACUGUGAUUCUCGCUUUCAUGGCUACCAAGCCAAGGUCCAGGAUGAGGAAAUGGAUGGGGAGGAGAUUGGCCAGUUCUAUAGUAAUUUCAUGCACCCUCUUUCAGGCCACUAUUUGUACUGUGUGGCUUGCAACCUUUCCUCCCUUCCCAGAUUUUGAUAUGCACUCAGUAAGUAGAGAAAUCAUUGUGGAAUGUAGUGAAGGGUCAGUGGCCAUGUUUUACUGUGUCCUGGGCUUUAUGGGGUUGCUGGCAGUCCUGAGCUUCAUUGUGGCUUUCCUAGCCAGGAAGUUACCAGAUAGUUUCCAUGAAACCAAAUCCAUCACCUUCAGCAUGUUGGUCUUCUGCAGUGUGUGGAUGACCUUUGUUCCAACUUAUAUGAGCACCAAGGGGAAAUAUAUGGUGGCUGUGGAAGUCUUCUCCAUCUUGGCCUCCAGUGCUGGCUUACUGGGAUGUAUCUUUUUUCCAAAAUGUUACAUCAUUGUGUUGAGACCUGAUUUGAACAAGAAGGAGCCACUAAUGCAGAGAAAAAAAUAA